UUGGCGCGACUUACACUUGAAGGCAAUUCUGCUGAUGAUGAUUACAACACCAUACAGAAGUUGAUCAAAAAAGUGAGUUUAUAUAUACACAUAUGUUUUGUUUGCAUUAGGGAACUGAAAAAUGAUGAAAUUUUUUUUUGAAAAUUUCGCAAUCUCUCCAUUUUUCAGAUAAUUGAAACAACCAGAUGUACACAAUCAGAAGCCGAAAUUGCACUUCACGACAAUGACAAUGAUAUUCAUGCAGCAAUCGAUCAUAUAUUAGACAGUGAUAAACUCGAUUCUUGGACCGAUCCAAAGGCCGCCAAAAAAGAGAAGAAAACUGUAAAUGAAGAACGUGCACAGAAUCACCGAACUUUCGUUCCAAGAGGACGAGGAACCAACGGUUUCAGUGAUCGUGGAGGACGCGGAAGAUCGAAUGGCGCACCACGGGAACCACGUGAACCACGUGGAGAGCAUGGAGCACAAACCAACGGAGCACCAUCUUCUACACACCGAGGACGUGGCGGAUUCGACAGACCGAACACUUUCAGUGGACGCGGAGGACGUGGAGGUGGCAGAGGCGGAUAUUCGAGAGCAGUUGCACCGGAAUCUUCAGCACCACCAACUGCGGAAGAAGUGGCAGCAGAUCCAGUACCGAAAGUUGAGACAGUUGUGAAUGAGGUGUCAAAACCAGCGGCUGAAGAGUCCGUUUCAACAACAGUUCCAGCAUCCACUGCACCUGCGCCAAUCUCCUUUGCUGCAAUUGCUGCACGAGCGAAUCACAAGGAAGUAUUGCGAAAACAGAACUUGACAGCACCGACUGCAGCUCCAACACAACAACAAACAUCAAAGAAUGUUUCAAAUAGACGGAGUGUUUCACCGGUUCCACCAGCUAAAGAAGUUGCGCAUUCUUUCGAAGAAGCUGAACCAUCAACUCUAAAUGAGGAGAAGGUUGAAAGCUUCUAUCAAAGGUAUAGUUUUCCGUACUAGACGAGUUGAACUUCAAUUUCAUCAUUUUUCAGUGAAUCGUCAGCUUUGGUUGAAGAGCCAGAAGUCAAUGUGUCAGCGACAAAUAACGCUGAAAAUGUACAAAGUUCACCAGCACAAGCGACCGCUUGGGCAAAACAAUUGAAAGCCGAUCUUGGAAUCGGUGUUCCGGAAACCUCAUCCACCUCAUUUGCACCAACAUCGCCACUUUCGGCCAACGUUUCGCUACCCGAUCCGGGUGUCGAAUUCGUCGGCGUCGAUCCAGUCGGUUUGGCCGAUUAUUCGUUUGGCUAUGUUGAUCAACCACCAACGCAAAUCCUCCCACCAGCAGAAACAUCUGUUGCAUCGAUCUCAACUAAUAACAGCGAUAAUAUUUUCAACUCGACUCGAAUGUCAUCUGUGCCAUCUAAAUCUGUUGAGGUAAAUAAACUUAAUUCGAUUUUUUUUUUUGAGAAAACCAAAUAACUUUUCAGCCUGAACGAUCACAGCUUCAAAACGGCGGAAAUGAUUUCAACUUGAAAUCCCAAUCUCCACCAACCAGCUAUGGUCAACAAAACAGGACGUUGUCGUAUGAUACAUCAUCUGUAUCCUAUAAUCCAAAAGAGCGACCGUUGUCGAAUAACAAUCAAUUCAAUCAACAAUUGCCGGUUCAUCAACAACCACAGCAACAACAGGCUCCACAACAACAAGCUCCUCAACCACCACAACCAACUCCACAAACCCUCCAACAACAAGCUCUUCAGCAACAGCAACAACAGCAGCAACAUCCAAUGAUGUUCCCUCACCAAAACUUCCCAUAUGCGCCAUACUCGUAUAUGAAUAUGUACAGCCCGGUGAGAGAUGAUCAAUACGCUGCGUUGAUGCAAUAUGGAAUGGGAGUUGAUUUGACGAACUUGUCAACAAUUUUGCCGCAACAAACUGCUCCAGCUCCAUCGGUUACCGCUCAGCAACAACAAGCUCAACAGCAGCAACAACAACGUGGAAAUGAUGCGCAUACCGGAUUGAUGGAUUUCAAUAAGUUUGCUGCGCAAGGUGGAUUGGUUCGCGAUCAACAACAGCAGCAACCACAACAGGCACAGCAACAGCAGCAACCAUCGAAUGUUGGUCCACCACCAGGUUUCCAAACCACUUCGUACAUGCAGCAACCGCUCUCCUCAUUAUUCAUGCAACAACCAUACGCCGCCGCCCAACACGCCUAUCAAUUCAUGAAUAUGAUGCCGUCUGUUGGAAACAAUGGUGCCGGAAAUCGACAAAUGUAUGGUCAAGACGAUGAGCGCAAGGCUUACGACAAGAAGCCGACCGCACCACAAAACCAACACUCGCAAUACCCACAAAAUUUGGGAAUGUAUGGCGGUGGAAACGGUGGACAACAACAGAAGAAUAAAUACAAUUGGGCAAGUUGA